AUGCUGCAGACAGGCUCCUCUGAUGCACUGCACCAUCACUGUGCAAGCAAGCUGGCACACCGCUGGGCCAGGGCUCCAUUGGGAAGUCAUCUGAUCAUGGCAACAGCUCCAAGACGGGCGGAACCCUCCAGCUAUAGGCCCGUAGCGGUUCCCGUGAAGUGGCGCAGUGCGUUCAUUCAUUCAGAUGCAGGUGGUGUCCAUUCGUCUUGCCGUGUAAUCCGAACCAGAGCUGCACACGUUCCGUGCCUUGCUUCCUUCCUCGGAGCGUUUACGACGAUCAAUCUAUUUGCGCUCGCGCCGAGCCAGGUGGAAGGAGUCCUCGGCCUUGGCUACUGUUUCGCGUUGUCAAUACAGCGACUUGGCGCGGCCUACGGAGAAGACACGAUGAACUACACUGGGUAA